AUGGCAUCUUCUGUAUACGUUCCUUCAGAGCUGCAAGGCCGAUACAAUAAUCCACACUUUUUUAGUGGAUACAAUUAUAAAAAUACUUGGCAUGCUGCACAAGCGUUAUAUAAAUAUGAAGGCCCCGGUGCAUUUUAUCAUGGAUAUAAAGCAACUUUAUUACGUGAUGUGCCUUUUUCGGCAUUACAAUUUGCUUUUUAUGAAAAAUUUAAAUUAUGGGCAACAUUAUAUACAAAUACUAUUAAUCAAGACAAUCAAUUAAAUCUUAAAUGGGAAAUUGCAACUGGUGCAUUUGCAGGUGGUUUAGCAGGCGCUUUAACAACACCGUUAGAUGUUAUGAAAACGCUACUACAAACUCAAGUACAAAAACAAGUUAAAGCAAAAAAGUUAAUUCCUUCUAAGCAAACAGCAACUGUUCCUCCUCAAAAUGUGACAAAAUAUACUCAUUAUUAUACUGGUAUAUGGGAAGGAAUGAUAUGGAAUUAUAAAAAUUAUGGACUUAAAGGACUAUUUAGUGGAAUUGGUCCAAGAGUUGCCUGGACUGCAAUGCAAAGUGGAAUAAUGUUUGUUAUUUAUGAGCAAGUACUAGGAUUGUUGGUUAAUUGA